GAUUCAAGUGAGUCUCCUCUUCUGCCUCGCAGGCGCCUAGUUGAGAAAAGGCUGCCCGGGCGGACCGAGGGCGCUCGCUUCUAAGAACGGGCUUCCUCUCCGAGUUCUCCGAGGAAAGAGCUCAGUCGCCUCGCCUCGGCUGCUCCCGCCACGCUUGCCUGCGGCUGCCGAGUCCUGCAGCAAGGGAAGGGACCCUCCCCCACCUGGCCAGUAGGGUGCAUCUUCCCUGAAGGCAACCUGAAUGGAGAGUCACCCCCCAUGUCUCGUCGCUUAGACUAGCCAGGUGCUUCCUUCUUCAGAAUUGUUCCUGUACCUAUGGCAACAAGGAGAACAAUAACGUUUGUCUGCUGGCUGGACCUUCCAGUUCGACACUGAGGAUGUACCGGCAGGAGGAAGCGAAUGUUUAGCAAACGCUGGUGGGAUUAAGAACUGCAUGGUGUUGACUCGAAGCAUCUUUGCCAAGUAUUUCCCAUGGAUCAAGACGCAGGCAUCGAGGCCCUGCUGGACCUCAGCUUCCUGACCGAGGAGGAGCAGAAUGCAAUUGUGGAAGUUUUGCACAGAGACCUGCAGCUCCAGAUGUCCGAGGAAGGACGUAUCAACAAACUGCGCAAGUCUAUCUCUGACCCAAACUGGCUGAAGAUCUUUUCCGGCGAAUGGUUUCGUGAUGUCCGUUCCAAACGGCACCAGCGCAAUCUCUUUGGGGCAGACAUUGUCCGAGCUUCCAUCCGCCGGAAGAAGAAACCCAGAGCAGAUGAACAGGAACUCAAGCAACAAAGCAGCCUGAAGACUAUAGAUGUGAUCAGUGAACCUGUGCCAGAGGUUCAGAAGACAAUUGAGGCCAUGGAUGUGCCAGAGAUUCAGAAGACAAUUGAGGCCACGGAUGUGCCAGAGAUUCAGAAGACAAUGGUGACUAUAGAUGUGCCAGUGGAUCAGAAGACAAUGGAGGCCACGGAUGUGCCAGAGGAUCAGAAGACAAUGGAGGCCACAAAUGUGCCAGAGGAUGAGAAGACGAUGGAGACUAUGGAUGUACUGCUCACUGAGAAUGCUGUGCCUCAGUCAUUCCAACUGACAAAGACCCCGGAGGCCAACCUCACGCCCAAGGAUGUGGUCUGCUUCCCAGGGUUGGCUGUUGAAAACACUCUAGAGAGAAGCAGCUCAUUUAGCAGCCUGAAUUCCGAGACAGAGGAACAAGAGCAGCCUGGAGUGGAACCAGCUGUCAAGGAACCAGUGCAGAAUAACAACCAAUUGGAAAAUGGACGAGGGUCGGCUUUGGUUUCAUCCCCUUCAAAGGCAAAUCCAGUGAACCCCCCAAAUAAAGUGCUGACUGCUAGCUCUUCUGCCUCCAGUUUGAGUUCAUCCACGAUGAGUGGCAGUAUGGCGAGCAUGUUCAGCGACAAUGAUAUCGGGAGCAUCGACAUCCGGGGUUGCGUCCAGUUCUCCUUGCGCUACAACUCCUCCAAGAAGGAGUUCCACGUCCAGGUCAUCCAGUGCCGAGAUCUUGCUGAAGCUAAAAAACAGCGGUCAGAUCCAUAUGUCAAAACCUACCUGCUUCCUGACAGAUCCAAUCACAGCAAGAGGAAAACUGCUGUCAAGAAGAGAAGUUUAGAUCCUAUCUUUAAUGAGACUCUUAAGUACAAGAUUGAAAGGGCUGAACUCCAGGGGAGGAUCCUGAACUUGUCUGUCUGGCAUCAUGAUUCACUGGGCCGAAACCUUUUCCUGGGAGAAGUGGAGGUGGCCUUGAACACCUGGGACUGGAGCAACACAAGUCCAAAGUGGUUCAACCUGCAGCCCAAGAUUCCUGCUUCACCAGAUAUGGCCCCCAACUAUGGUAAACUCAACCUGGCCCUGAAAUUUAUUCCAGCUGGAUCGGAAGAGCCAGGAUUUCCUCCCAGCGGAGAACUCCAUAUGUGGGUCAAGAAUGCAGAGAACCUUGCAUCUCGGUGGGGAACCACAAUAGAUUCCUUCGUUGAAUGCUACAUCCUUCCUGAUGACACCAAGCUGAGCCGCCAGAAGACCCGAACUGUGAAAAAGAAUCUCAACCCCACUUUCAAUCACACGAUGGUCUAUGAUGGCUUUGAGCUUAAGGACUUAGCCGAGGCAUGUGCUGAAUUCACUGUGUGGCACCGGGAUACUUUUUCGAAGCAUCGGCUUGGAGGCAUCCGGUUGAGUCUUGGCACAGGAAACAGCUAUGGUUUACCAGUCACAUGGAUGGAUUCAACAGAGGAAGAGCGCCACACCUGGGAGAUGGUAUUCCAACAACCUCAACAGUGGGUGGAAGCUACUCUUCCCUUGAGGACCAACCUAACUUCAAGGACUUCAUCCUAGCUUUUGGCUGAGGAUUCCUCUGCUAUCAGGAAGAAUCAGUCUGGUGGCAAAUUGAUGACUGUAACCUUAAGGAGGCCAUCAUUACAGCCUCCUUAGUUUUGAGAGAUUUUUUUCCUAGGAUCAGGUUCCUGAUGCUGAGAAAAGCUAAGGACCCUGGGACAAAGGCAGAAUAAUAACUGUGUUGAUAUGUGAAGUCUGCCUCCUCUUACCGACUUAAGGAGAACAUUGUGUGGCUUCUACACAACUCUUGUGAAAAACCUCCACACUGGGAUGACCAGAAUGCCCACUUUGUUUCAAGGAAAUAAACUGCCUUAUGGUGACCUUUGCCCAUUUCCAGUA